UGUCGAUUCCGCUCCGGCGCCUGCCGAACGAGAGCAGCCGCGAGGGGUCGGAAUUGGGGAAGGAUGAGCGGCGUCGCCGGCGACGGAACCCUAGCGCCGAGCGAUUUCCGGGUCGCCGCUGUCGCUUUCGCGGAGCGAUGGAAGAGCGCGGUGUCCGCUCUCCCGCCGUGGUCGUGGAUUCCUCGUCCGAAGCAUCCUUGGCUCUCGAACGAGGUUGAUGGAUACUUGGCGCUCGAAAACGCGUGUCUUCUCGGCUCUAGUGAGGAAAAUCGUGUCGGAUGUUGCGGUGGUUCGGAAGAGCCGAAUUGUUCCGGCGAUGACGAGCCCGUCGACGAUGCCACGUUGGUUCAGAGCAGUAGAGAUGAUGUUCAUUACUAUGACUUCCACAUCAUUUACGACUCUUCGUAUAGGGUUCCGGUGCUAUAUUUCCGUGCAUAUUGUGGAGAUGGACGGACUUUACUUUUAAAUGAAUUUGAAGGAGACCUUCCAGCCGACUCUUCAGAGGCACUAGUGAAAUCAAAGUGGACAUUUAUAACUCAGGAGGAGCAUCCAUACUUGAACCGGCCAUGGUACAAAUUACAUCCAUGUGGUACCAGUGAAUGUAUAAAAUUGCUCUUCCAGAGUGACGCCUCGAUCAGAACAACAUCGGGCGCAGCUGAGCUAUAUUUGCUAUCUUGGUUCUCCGUUGUUGGACGGAUGGUGGGUCUUGGCAUCCCUUACGAAAUGAUGAAAUAUGAGAACAAUACGUAGCUCAGUAUGUAUGGCCUCUUGUGAAAUCGUUGACUUAUUACUCGGCCAUACGCUAUGACUACAUCAAAUGGACAGUGGAACAAUUUGGGAAUUAGCCACCAAGGCAAGCCAUUCUAGCCUCGACGGGCGCUUUUCUUCAUACUUGCACUUAGCGGUCAAGAGCUUCAGUUGACAUGCGGAGGAUGUUAGUUGUCACUUCAGGUGUCAGUUGUUUUGUUUCCACCUUUGAACAUUGCAGGUGCCACGGCAGUGCUGUAGUGUCUCAUCGUUAACCAUUUAUGUAGCUUUCAAACAUAAUGAGUGCGCAUCAAAUUGAUACGCAAUUCGAAGUGAGUGAUCAUAUCAGAAUUGGUUUCCAGGCAAA